UGGCUCUAGAGGAAAACACAAGUUACUGACUUCCUGUGAAAAUAGAAACUGAAACCAACUUUGGUCUCCUUCAGAUCAGCCUCCAUUUUGAGCUGCAGGAUGGAAAUAACUUGCUGACUUGUUACUAGAGGACAGUUACUGGAACCGGAUCACUGGACUGACUGGUUCUGGUUUCUCUCUCCAAAAGGCCAGAAGAUGGAAGAUCAGGACAGAGCAGAACCUCCAGGACCCAUCAGUCCAUCUAUGAGGAGUGACCGGUCCAAAGAUGAUCCUCCAGUCUUCAGUAAUGAACCUGAACCAUCAGACAAAAAGAGCUGUGAGUGUGAAGAAAGACCCAGAACAGGAGCUGAACGGCCGACAGCCAAUCAGAGCAGCUGUUCUCCAGAUAUUGUUGGUCAGUAUCAGCCUGACCUUAAAGAGUUUCUGAAGAAGAAGUUCCAGAGUCUCUCUGAAGGCGUCGCUGAACCUGGAAAUCAAACCGUUCUGAACCAGAUCUACACAGAGCUCCACAUCACAGAGGGGUUAACUAGAGAGGUCAACCAGGAACAUGAGGUCAGACACAUUGAAACAGCAUCCAGGAAACAAGAAACAAUCAGAAGAGAAGACAUCUUUAAAGUCCCACCUGGAAGAGAUCAACCAAUCAGAACAGUGAUGACCAUGGGAGUGGCUGGCAUUGGGAAAACACUGUUAACACAGAAGUUCACUCUGGACUGGGCUGAAGGCAAAACCAACCAGAACAUUGAUUUCAUAUUUCCAUUCACUUUCAGAGAGCUGAAUAUGUUGAACGAAGAAAAGUUCAGCUUAUUAGGACUGAUUCAUAAAUUAUUUUCUAAAACCAAAGAAAUCAGCAGCUUUGAAACGUUCCAGGUUCUGUUCAUCUUUGAUGGUCUGGAUGAAAGUCGAUUUACUCUGGAUUUCAAGAACAAUCCGAUCCUGACUGAUGUUACAGAGUCCAGCUCAGUGGAUGUUCUGGUGACAAACCUCAUCAGGAGGAAACUGCUUCCCUCUGCUCUCCUCUGGAUAACCACACGACCUGCAGCAGCCAAUCAGAUCCCUGCUGAGUGUGUUGACAUGGCAACAGAGGUCAGAGGGUUCACUGACCCCCAGAAGGAGGAGUACUUCAGGAAGAGAUUCAGAGAUGAUGAAGAGAAGGCCAGCAGGAUCAUCUCCCACAUCCAGAAAUCAAAAAGUCUCCACAUCAUGUGUCACAUCCCAGUUUUCUGCUGGAUCACUGCUAAAGUUCUGGAGGAUGUGAUGAAGACCAGAGAGGGAGAAAAACUGCCAAAGACUCUGACUGAGAUGUACAUAGCAUUCCUGGAGGUUAACUUCGCAAUCAAGAAGGAAAAGUAUGAUGGAGGAAAAAAGACAAGAUCAAUCUGGAGUCCAGAGAACAAGAAGCUGAUUGAGUCUCUAGGAAAACUGGCUUUUGAGCAGCUGCUGGAGGGAAACCUGAUCUUCUAUGACAAAGAGCUCAAAAAGUGCAGCAUCAACAUCAAAGAUGCUGCGUUGUUCUCAGGAGUGUUCACUGAAAUGUUUAAAAGAGAGAGAGGGACGUGCGACAUCUCCGUCUACUCCUUUGUUCAUCUGAGCAUCCAGGAGUUUCUGGCUGCAGUCUACAUGCUCCACUGUUUCACCAGCAGGAAGUCAGAGGUGAUCAAGACGUUCCUGGGAGAAAAAUACAGAGAAACAUCUCUAGAUGAGUUCAUGAAGAAAGUCAUGGAGAAAUCCCUCAGCAGUAAAAAUGGCCACCUGGACCUGUUUGUCCGCUUCCUUCAUGGUCUCACUGUGGAGUCCAACCAGAGACUCUUAGAAGAUCUGCUGGGUCAUACAGAGAACAGUCCAGAAACCAUCCAGAGAAUCAUCACCAACCUGAAGGAGAUGAACAUUGAUAGAAUCUCUACUGACAGAAGCAUCAACAUCUUCUACUGUCUGGUGGAGAUGAACGACGUCUCAUUUUAUCAGGAGAUCCAACGGCUGCUGGAUUCAGGGAAGCAGCUCUCAGUGACUGACUGUUCAGCUCUGGCCUUCAUGCUGCAGAUGUCAGAGGUUCUGGAUGAGUUGGACCUGGAGAAGUACAACACAUCAUGGGAUGGACGACAGAGACUGUUUCCAGCUGUGAGGAACUGCAGAAAGGCUCGACUUGGUGGCUGUUUGCUCCUAAAGGCUGAUUGUGAAGUUUUGGCCUCGGCUCUGAAGUCCAACCCAGAUCUGACUGAACUGGAAAUAAAUCAGAUCCUCAUGAAUGGUUGUGGAGACUCUGAUCUGAAGCCUCUGGUUGAGAUCCUGGAGAGUUCAGUUAGUAAAGUGAAGAAUCUGAGAUUGAACGAAUGCAGUUUGUCAGAGGCCAGCUGGACUUCUCUGUUCUCAGCUCUGAAGUCCAACCCGACCCACCUGACAGAACUGGAGCUGUACAGCACCAACCUGGAAGGUUCUGGAGUGAAGGAGCUCUGUGGUUUUCUACAGACUGAAGGCUUCAGACUGGAGAUAUUGGAAUUGAGUGGCUGCAGUUUGUCAAAGAUCAGCUGUGAUUAUUUGGCCUCAACUCUGAAGUCCAACCCGACCCACCUGACAGAACUGGACCUGGGAGGAAACAACCUGAAGGAUUCAGAUGUUCAGCAGCUGAAGAAUCUUAAAGACUUUAAUGUUCUGAUCUCUGUGAAGUAGAGAAUGGUCUCAGUGUCCUGCUGAUCCUCAGAGGUUGAAGCUGCAGCAGUUUGAGUCUAAAGAGACUCUGACUGGAUCAUGAUGAUGACCUCUGACCUCCAAGGUUUUCCUCCCGUUUAUUUUCUCGUGUCUGUCAUUUAGUGUCUGAUAUUGUUUGUCUCUUUGGAUCAAUAAAGAUCCAAUUCAAACUGGGCUCCAUUUAGAGGCUUCAUGGAGUUUUGAUCUGAACUGGAUUCAACUGGAAAGUUGAUCUUUUUUCUCUCUGAUUCAUUUUGAUCCUGGAACCAGAAAUGGUCUGAGAAUGAAAGACACUUCAAACCUCUUUUCUCUGCUGCUUCUUCCUUCUGCUGACAUGAAAAUGUUCCUCAAAGCGCCACAGAUAAAAAGAUGCUUUACUGGAAACUGCAGAGAAACUUCAGCUUCCAUCAGAGAAACCAGUUUAACCAGUUUAGAACUGGAUGUCCUACAGAAACUCUGAUCUUAGAGCAGUUUUCAGGAACAUGUGGAACCUGGAAAAAAAUAGAUUUUAUAUAUUUUAUGUUCAUUGUAAAAGCUAAAUCUUGAAGUUUUACGUCAUCAUUGAUUCUCAGCUUUAAUUUCUCUGUUUUGGUUUUUACUUUUUUAACUCCAUAUUUCAUGUUCUGAGUUUUCUAGAGAACUUCAGGCUCUUUACUGUGAUUUUACUGAUUUAUUCAAACCUCAGAGAAUCACUGGGAUAAUGUGCUGAUUGGUUCAUGUUUGAUUUUCAUAAUUCUUCUAAUGCAAUGUGGGUUGCUGGAUGUUUAACGACCAAAUAAAGUUUUUAAAAAAUC